AUGGAAUCUUUUAUGCAAACUCAGGCCAAGCUCAAACAGGAUAAGAGUCUUUUCAAAAUACCCGCUGUCCUCAACAAGAGUUACAAACGUCAUGGCACAAAAUCCUAUGUUCACUUACUGAACAAGUACAAGUUCGAGCCCACCAAAGCUGGCCCUUAUGUCCAAACCAGAAGGAUGGCUCAAAGGGGACUUGCCGCUCCUGGUUUCAAUGCCCCAAUAGGAGGCCGGGUCUCCAUGACCAAAGUACUGAUGAAAAAGAACGAAUCCGGUGACGAGAGCGGAGAGGUGACUGCUGAUGACCAGCAAUACGAUUCGAUGUACCUUUGCGAAGUCGCCAUCGGUACACCGCCGCAGAAACUCAAGCUGGACUUUGACACUGGAUCUUCUGACUUUUGGGUCUUCUCUACGCAGCUCGACACCUCCCUCCAGUCGAGCCAUAACAUAUUCGACCCUUCCAAGUCUUCUACAUUCCAGAAGCUAGACGGUCGCACCUGGAAAAUCUCAUAUGGAGACGGUAGCUCGGCUUCAGGUGAUUGCGGUACUGAUAAGCUCGUUCUCGGUGGCUUGACUGUCGAGAAUCAGACUGUCGAACUCGCGCAGCAGCUCGCGCCCCAGUUCUCGCAGGGGACCGGCGAUGGCCUCCUUGGGCUUGCUUUUAGUUCCAUCAACACUGUUCAAAGGGAUGGCAACUUUCGAGACCCACAGAAGACGCCUGUUGACAACAUGAUUGCUCAGAAGGACAUCCCUCAAGAAGCGGAGCUUUUCACAUCAGCAUUCUAUAGCGAGAGGGAUACAGGAGCACCUAGAUCGUUCUUUACCUUUGGCUGGAUUGAUGUAGAGCUCGUCGAAGCUUCGGGCGAGGAAAUCCACUGGGCUGAUGUUGAUAAUUCUCAAGGCUUCUGGAUGUUUACAUCGGAGAGCGCAAAAGUGAAUGGCAAAGCCUUGGAUAGGAGCGGAAACAAGGCUAUUGCUGACACCGGAACGACGCUUGCGCUUUUGUCGGACGAGGUCUGUGAGGCACUUUACGCCGCUAUUCCUGGGUCCAAGUACGACGAUACCAAUCAGGGAUAUGUCUUUCCCACUAGCACGAAGGUGGAUGAUCUUCCUGAGUUCAAAGUUGCCGUGGGCGGUAAGGAGUUCACGAUUCAGAAGGAGGACCUGGCGUUUGCGCCUGCUGGGGAGGGAAUGUGGUAUGGCGGUGUUCAGUCGCGAGGGUCCAAUGAGUUUGACAUACUUGGCGGUGCGUUUUUGAAGUCUAUCUAUGCUAUCUGGAAUCAGGGUAGCACAAGGUUCGGGUGUGUUCCGAAGAUUGAAAAGACGCAGAACCUAGCAACUAUAUCAAGCUCGGCUUGA